UCAUCUCACACCGACACGAACGACCACCGAGUCAUUCAGCGUAUCACACAUACUUGAAACUACACCUGAACCGAAGACUAAACCCAAGACCAGAUCGAAGACUGGAUCACCCAUUCCCAUCCCUACACCAACGACUACAUCUCGUAUACCCAUACCCACAUCAACGGCAAGUCCGUUGAUACCCGUGUCGUCAAAGGACCUGUCGGCUCUGUCUCGUGUGAGACCGCAUGGAGAGGGAGAUGGCGCUGGACGAGGAGGAAAAAGUUCAAAUCCGAUAGGUGAGACCGACCUCUCGAGAAACACCUCAGGUUUCAGAACCGUAGCGAAAGAAAACGCGGAGACGGGGACGGCGAUUGGAAAAACAUCGAGAGAUACGAUCGGGUCCCUUGGGACCGAGGUUUCAUCCUUGAGACACGCUUUCGCGCCUGUGGAUAGGAUGAGAUGCUCGAAGGUUCCAGUUCCGGUUCCGGGUUCAGUUUCGAUUCCGACUUUGUCUGGAUCAUCCACGGAGGACGGGCGAGUAGGAGGGGAAAGAGAUGGUGGGGAGGGGGAUGGCCAAGGGGAAGUACGAGGCAGAGGAGAAGAAGGUGGAGAAGGAGACGGCAAAGGGGAAGCACGAGGCGGAUGAGAUGACAAAGGAGAAAUACAAAUAACACAAAUUCCAACGUUGACAAAAACAUGCACCCCAACCCCAAUCCAAAUCCAUCUCACAAAAUCAGACUUUCAUCCGUCCCUCACCACAUCAGGCUUUCCCACCAUCAUCCAUGCCCACCGUUCCCACCGUCCUGUCCGGGGUCAAUUCGUGCUCUCUUCCGUUUCCGUUCCCGUCCCCGAAGCCAACGUCGACCCAGAUGAGAGAGGGUAUGUGAUCUCGUUGGUACCUGAGCGAAUAGAAGAGGAAAGCGAAAAGCAAGAUGUUUGAAAAAAGUAAACGGUCCGGGUUCUCUGUGGACGAUAUCGAGAAUGGGGUUUUUGAUGGGUUAUUGGACAUGAUGAGGAUCAAGAACAAGUUGCUUGAUGAAGGUAUCAACACGAGCGUUUCUUCGUCUUUUUAACUUUUGUAUCGGAUUCAACAUUGAUGGUCAAGAUGACGUCUGUCGACUCACCCUCGUUGUACCCAUGAACGAAUGUCAACCCUGUCUGUCUUGUUUCUCCUUUUCAAGAUGGUCACCUAUCCCUAUCUACUCUUUCUCCUCGUCUCCACAUGGUCUCAACCCUCUAUCUUUCUCUCUCGUGCACCAUGUAGUCUCGACUUUCCUAUUUCUCCCUUUCUUCCUCUCUCCACCCUAUCAUCUUGACCCUCGUCUCCCUCCAUCUCCUCCCUUACCCCUCUCCGUCUCUGACGCCGGUCUCCUCUUGUCGGUUUCCGUUCGAUGCGGUAUGAAGAGUGUGUGUUUUUUUUUUGAGGGAGGAGGGGGGGUUUAUCCCGUCAACUUACCUCGAUCACGUAGUCGGCUUUUGUUACCAAGAUGAGUCAUACGUCGAAAGUUAAUUUCCAGUCUCGCGCACCCCUCACAAGACAGGAGCGAAACCCUCCCCCCAAAAAAAUAAUAAUAACAAUAAACAACCGGUUUAUUUCCCUUGUGUGGUCUGCUGGGGAGGCGGCAAGGGACAGGUUCUGGCUUGAAAGUCGACACGCCCAGGUAUCGCUCGAAUGGAACCGUGGGAGUAGAGGUCGGAUGGUUCAUGAGAUCGUUGACUCUGUCACUGGUUGGCCGUAGGUUUGAGACUUGUCCGGUGUCGGGUCGUCGGUGAGUUCUGAUUCGUCGGUCCGUCAGGUGAACAUAAGGAAUCACGAACAAUAGUCAUCUUCGUUGACCAACCCCUGUCGACCAACCAACCGACCGAGUCGAAUCAUCCAUCCAACGAUGGUUUCCUGCUUGUUUUUUCUGUUUUCAAAUCACGUUGGUCUUCAUGACCUGAGUCGCCUAGCCUUAUUCCCCCCCCCCCCUAUGGUUCCUGUCUUGGAGCAAUCAGUUGUGCAUGUGAUGGUCGGUAUCAGUUCGGUGGUUUUUCAUGUCCCGUAUCUCUCUUUAUCAGUCGUAUCAUGCAUGUGAUAUCUACG